AUGGACGGUCAGAUCGUCGCCAGCUGCUUCGGCAAUACCAAUGGAUCUACCGCUGCUGGCUCUCCCGUUGCUGCUGACUCUACCGCUGCAGACUCUGUCGCUGCUGGGUGGAAUGAUGACGCGGGAGGCUUCACGGUGGUGGAUUUCCCCUGGAACUGCGGAGUGCUGCCGCAGACCGCCGCUGCCUCGUCAGCGGCGUCGCUCUCAGAUGCUGACGUGUUGCUGCCUGUGGAAGCGGUAGACAUUGCGCCGUCUCUGCACUCAGCUGGAGAUAUUUAUGAGUCAUUGCCAUACCCAAUCCGUAUUCCCCAAUAUCCCUCCACGUCCCUAUCCUCCCUUCCCACCUGCUGCCUUACCCCGCUGCACUGCCUUGCCUCUGCCUUCUGCCCCACCUGGUUCUCCCCCCUCAUCCCCACACGCCCCCCCUCACAUCCCCCCUCCUACCAGGUGCGUGCACAUGCAGUCGUGGCCAUUCCCAAUCCCCUCACACUAUCCGUAGCAUACCGCCUAGUUGUGUCUGACGUCAGCGCUGAGUCAGCACCGUCUGAGCUGGACGGGAGCGCGCUCAUGUCUGUGCUUCAACGUAUCUGUGCUUGGCUGGAAACAGCUGACACGUGGCUGCUCUCAGGCCAUCCUGACGUGGCAAUGCAGGCCACCGUGGACCCUGAUGAGGUGGCAAAGGUGCUGGAUGAGACCCACGUGGCAUGGGCUGAGCUGUACGUGCUUUCUCAGCCGUUCUCUCCCAGUGAACUCCCCCUCUCAUCCAUACCCGAGUACGCAGCACACACCGAACCUAGUGCAGCAGCAGAAGCACCCACAAUUACCCCCACACUCACUCCCACUCUCAAACCCACAUCAACACCCACACUCAAUCCCACACCCACACUCACUCCCAAUCCCACACUCACUCCCACACCCACACUCGCACCCAAUCCCAUGCUCUCACCCGCUCCUAGCUCCUCACCGCCUGAUACCUCCGCACGUCCUUACACACUUCCACUAACAGACACGGCCCCUGUUCCCAGACCAGGCUCUGCACCCUCCUGCACUCGUGCUGCUGCCGACUCACCUGUCGCAACACAUGCAGCGGCAGCAGGAGCAGGAGCAGAAGCAGGGGCAGUGGGGGCAGCAGCAGACAGGCCAGGUGAUGAGGCAGCCUCAUUGGGGAACCCUCCAGCCCUCACAAGGCGCAGCUCCACAGGCCGUCGCUCUGCCCACAGGGUCGCUCCCUCUGCUAGCCCUCACCCGUCCGCCCCUCUCCCUUCCGCCUCCUCCUCUUCCACUCGGUCACAUAUCAGUGCCGCGCACAGUGGGGGCACACUCACUGGGGGCGCGCACAGUGGGGGCACACUCACUGGGGGCGGACAGGUAGGCGCACACAGCAAUGGCGCAUGCAACAGUGGUGCACAGGCAGGCGAGAGGUGGCGAAUGGCAGCAGCAGGGGCACGAUCCAUGGCUGUUGGUGGCGGGAGGAGAGGAGGGGGCAGAGGGGGGACGGGGAGCGGAAUGGCUGCUGGAAAAGGGGGAGGAAGAAGGGUAGGGACUUCUGUAGAAGCAGGAGCGGGGGGUUGGGUGGAAGGGAGUGGUGGUUGUGCUGGAGGGGUGAACGGCGGGAGUGGCGGGAGAGGAGGGAGAGGGGCGAGAGGAGGGAGAGGAGAGGGCGCGUUUGUGCUGAAGGGAAACAUUUUGCCGCAGCAUGCAGUCAACGGCCCUUCUGCUGCUCAUGCUGUUGGUGCUGGUGCUGCUUCUGGUGUUGGUGCUGGUGCUGUUGGCCAUACCAUAGGCGAGCAGAAUCUCAUGGUGCCAUACCGUUACAGAGCCACCACCGGUUACCAGUAG